GUCGCCAUGGCAACGUUGUUUUUCUCUGUGCACUUGGUUUGAGUGCAACGCAAGUCAAAUAAGUCAAAGAAACCCGGGAGACCCUCUAAGCCGUUUACUGCUUUUGUGUUGUCUAAUUGGUUGUAAUAUAACAAUGUGGGUUAAACUGAACUUUAACAGGAUGUGGAAAAGAGCUGCCAGCUAAACCGUGUAGAAAAGAAGCCAACUAGUUCCAUUGAAUGCUGCAAAAAAAGAGGAAAAAAUGGCAGGUGAUGAUCUCCCACCCAUAUUUCAGUCGACAUUCAGGACCAGAUUUGAAUUCAGCAGGGCAGCGAGUUCUCCACUUUCUCGCCCACCUGGACACCCAGUGCCUGCUGUUUCGCUGAUUAUCAAAGGAAACCCGCCAAAUAUUUCCCAUCUGAGCGACGUGGAUCCCCAAAUCGUAUCCCUCCAGAAGAACAUCCUAUAUCUCCAACAUCAGCAAACGGAAACUCUCGAGAAGCUCCACGCAGAAAUGGACUUUCUCAAAAGGGAGAAUAAAGAGCUGAAGUAUAAAUUGACUAUGGACUCAAGCAAAGGAGGCAAGAAAGGAGCAACAUCCAACCGAAAUGCAAAAUCUCCCUUUCAACUCCACUCCGGAUUCUAUGUGGACGAGCUGCUUGAAGACUCACUGUUUCAAGACCAAGCAUCAAGGGAGGUAAACGAAAGUCCGCGAUCUGUACAACUAAACCAUCGUGGAGAAUUAACAGGGCUGCGAAAGACCGUUUUAGAGCCUGUAAGAGUCAACAGCAAUCCGAUCCCGAUUCCGAUUCCGUCCGACCUGCCACGCCCUUCUACAAGGCAGGAGUGUGAGGCCGUCAUCCAAGAGCUGUCCACUGUAAACCGUUUACAGACUCAGGAAAUUGCACGUCUGAAGGAGCUGCUUAGUGAUAUAAUUCUGAGCAAGAAAAUCACGCGGGAACACCAGAUUUUGAGCAAAGCCUACCUUGCUAAUGAGCCAUGCAAACUUGGUGAAAAGAAAAAAUUUCACAAUCUUGGUUCUCGCCCAGGUCCACCAAUAGUUCCUGGACCCUCUCUUCCUGGUGUACUUGUCCCUGGUCUGAAGCAGCACUUCGGUUCCAAUGCUGCAAAAAGACAGAACAGGCUCCUGUCAAGUCACCAACACCACAUCCAACGGGCUUUCCGCUGACUGGCAAGAAAGACCAAAGUCUGGAUGUUUCCAUGGUCAAAAACCCUGGUCACCAACGCAUCUUUAUUAAAGACUCAUUAAAAGCAAAUUCUAAGCCAUAAGAAAUAUUCUAUUAAACUGAAAUAUUAUUUUUAUGUAA